AACUCAGUGAAAUUUUGCAGUCCUGGGAACCUAUACAGAGCAUAAGCCAAAAUGGAAGAUGGACCUAUUUUCUAUGGCUUUAAAAACAUUUUUAUUACAAUGUUUGCUACCUUUUUUUUCUUCAAACUUUUAAUUAAAGUUUUUUUGGCUCUCCUAACCCAUUUCUAUAUCGUCAAAGGAAAUAGAAAAGAAGCGGCUAGGAUAGCAGAAGAGAUCUAUGGUGGAAUUUCAGAUUGCUGGGCUGAUCGAUCCCCACUUCAUGAAGCUGCGGCUCAGGGGCGCUUACUGGCCCUUAAAACGUUAAUUGCACAAGGUGUCAAUGUGAACCUUGUGACAAUUAAUCGGGUCUCUUCUCUCCAUGAGGCAUGCCUUGGAGGACAUGUGGCUUGUGCUAAAGCCUUAUUGGAAAAUGGUGCACAUGUCAAUGGAGUGACAGUUCAUGGAGCUACGCCCCUCUUCAAUGCGUGCUGCAGUGGCAGUGCUGCGUGCGUCAAUGUGCUGUUGGAGUUCGGAGCCAAGGCCCAGCCUGAGAUGCACCUGGCUUCACCUAUCCAUGAGGCAGUGAAGAGAGGUCACAGGGAGUGCAUGGAGAUUCUGCUGGCAAAUAAUGUUAACAUUGACCAAGAGGUGCCUCAGCUUGGAACUCCCCUGUAUGUAGCCUGCACCUACCAGAGGGUAGACUGUGUGAAGAAGCUUCUAGAAUUAGGAGCCAGUGUUGACCAUGGCCAAUGGCUGGACACCCCUCUCCAUGCUGCAGCAAGGCAGUCCAGUGUAGAGAUCAUCCACCUGCUGACCGACUAUGGGGCUAAUCUGAAGCUCAGAAAUGCACAGGGAAAAAGUGCUCUUGAUCUGGCAAUUCCCAAAAGUAGUGUAGAGCAGGCACUCCUACUCCGAGAAGGCCCACCUACUCUUUCCCAGCUCUGCCGCCUGUGUGUCCGGAAAUGUUUGGGUCGAGCAUGUCAUCAAGCCAUCCACAAGCUACAUCUGCCGGAGCCACUGGAAAGAUUCCUCCUGUACCAGUAGCCCCAAAUGUCCAUGGGAAGAUACUUGGAAAUAAGUAGGUUGUUGUCUGCUGUACCCAGGGUACUUAUUAUAGACGCCCAACAGCUAGGUCAUCAGUAUCUUCCAAUGAGCUCAGCCAAUUAGAGGAAAUCCUUUAUAAACAGGAACCUUAAAGUUUUUAGCUCUUGCUGUUAAUAAACUUAAAAAAAACUGUGAAGUAGAAUGAAAAUAAUAGACUAUUUUCUGAUAAUACAGGAUUUCCCAGUGCAUAUGGGUCAACAUUUUUAAUAUUGUACAGAUCCACAUAAAUCCAGGUGAAUAGGAUUAUAAUGAAUGUUAAGAAUUCCAGAAUGUGCUCUUGAUUUAAUUCCUCUCCUCUACCCCUUUCUUCCCUCCCCCCCUCUCUUUUUCUUUCUUUACCGCCUCUUUCUUCUCUUUCCUUGAAUAAAUCUAUGCUGUAACUUUGGUUUUUCUGCCUUUUUAAAAGACACAUAAAAAAUGAAAUAUUUUGAAAACAUCACAGUUACUUGGGACUUCCAAUUCUUGAGGUCCUGGUUGAUAAGAGAGAUUUUGGAAGAGAUUAGCUCAUAUAGAGUUUAGGCUCCUUUGCUCAUCAUUUCUGAUGUUAAAUACUCUUCUUUGAAGGAAUCUUAGACAAUUGUAGGAUUGCACAACAAUAGUUGCCCCUCAACAACCUGAACUCAUAAGCACUUUGUGAUGCAUUUAGGCACCCCAACAUUGGCUUAUUUUCAAACUCAAGAUUCUCAGUUUUUUUUUGAAAUGCCUACAUGUUGAUUCCAGCCACCAAGGUGGGCUUAAUGCUGAGUCAAUAUUUUUUCUGUGAAUAGGUGCCCAAAGUAAGCAUAAAGAUAUAUAAAAAGCCGUCUCCUCCUUUUUUUCUCCCUUCUUUUUCUUCCCAUCUCCCUCCUUUU